CGUCGCGCUACGCACGAGCCUUCAGGAGUCAGGAGGAUCAGAUCGGCUGACGCGGGAGGAAUUCAUGCAUUUCGCGCUGGUCGCAUCCGUUCUCAUGUGAACUUCAUAUCCGCUCGCAUUACAAGAAACGGAGUCCUGACGGAAUUCUGCUGGUAGCCGGAGCCGACAUUUGAGGACAGAAUGUCUCGAGCUCUCCGAAACUUCGUUCAGCGCAAUGCACUGCUUCCUUAUUUUUACCAACCAAAAAGGCAUUGUUUCUGGAAUCCUGACCCCCGACGAGAUCGCGAAGACCCCCAUGGCAAUCUAUGGCAUCUAUGGAACGGAAGCAAAAUAUUUGUGAAGGAGUGCGAACGAGCUGCCGACGAAUGGAAGGAGAAGCUGCAUCUCGAUAGAGCGCGCUAUCACCUCGGGGAAGUCGUGCCGCAGUACCUCUUCAGAGAACAGAAGGACAGGGACCUUUUCUACACCAUAACUGACAGUGAUUGGAAUCAAGGUUUCUCUAAGGCCGAGUUCGUUGGCACCCGGCAAGGAUCCGGACUGUUCAGAGGGGUUCUAGACACCCGUGUUCCUCGCGAUGGAGUCACGAAAAGAGCCGGUAUCGCUGUUCUCCAAAGCUUCCCGAAAACGAAGAGUUUCCAGCGGAAGGUAUACUUGGAUUGGGGUGACUGGACGCAUCUAGUCAUUAGAUGCCGCGGUGACGGACGUCACUACAGCAUCAACCUACACAUGUGCGAAGAGGACGAUCUCACCAUGCAUCUUCUGUACCAGUAUCCGCUCUACACCAGGGGAGGCCCGUACUGGCAGAUAACGCGGAUCCCUUUCUCGAAGUUUAUGAUUUCUUAUAAAGGAUCGAUCCAAGACAAACAAAAUCGCAUCGACCCGAGAUACAUCACGAAAAUUGGCAUAGCUCUCAUGGAUAAGACUUCUGGUCCUUUUGAGCUGGAAAUCGACUACAUAGCUUGUUCUGUGAGUCGCAGCGAUGAAGACGAGGAAUUCGCAUACGAGACGUACGAAACGCCCAACAAUUACAGUCAUGCCUACGGAAUGAAAUGAAGGAUUGAUCUCUAGAGCACAUGUCUACCUCGGAUGACAUCGUUGCGGUAAAAUAAAUAUGCAGACGUCCAU